GCAGUGGGACUGAGGGACACAGAGUUGGUGCCAGGGAGCUGGCCAACUUGGUCCCUCUCCCCAGUGGGCAGGAGGUACCCUGGGGCCCACUUGGUCAAUCUCAGAGGCCCAGUUCAGGGCCCAGAAUUUAGGUUGGUAGCUGUUUAUUGAGCAGUCACCAUGGAUCACCGAAGCCGACCACGAGGCGUAGGCUUGAGGGGGUCCCGAGCCUCUCGGGUCCCAUUCCCCUUCUACGUGGAACAAGAAGCCAGGGAAGGAGAAGAAUGGGAGCGAGAGCCACCUCGUCAGAGGCCUCCUCCUACCUAUACACCUCCAGAAAGCGAAGAGCUGCAGGAAAAUGUUAUGGUUUCCAAGCCAGCACCUUAUUGGGAAGGUACAGCUGUGAUAAAUGGAGAAUUCAAGGAGCUGAAAUUAACUGAUUAUCGUGGGAAAUACUUGGUUUUUUUCUUCUACCCACUUGAUUUCACAUUUGUGUGUCCAACUGAAAUUAUCGCUUUUGGUGACAGAAUUGAAGAAUUCAGAUCCAUAAAUACUGAAGUGGUAGCAUGCUCUGUUGAUUCACAGUUCACCCAUUUGGCCUGGAUUAAUACCCCUCGAAGACAAGGAGGCCUGGGGUCGAUAAGAAUUCCACUUCUUUCGGACCUGAACCAUCAGAUCUCAAAGGACUACGGUGUCUAUCUAGAGGACGCAGGCCACACUCUGAGAGGCCUCUUCAUUAUUGAUGACAAAGGAAUCCUGAGACAGAUUACUCUGAAUGACCUUCCUGUGGGCAGAUCAGUGGACGAGACCCUGCGUUUGGUUCAGGCAUUCCAGUACACCGACAAACAUGGAGAAGUCUGCCCUGCUGGCUGGAAACCUGGUAGUGAAACAAUAAUUCCAGAUCCAGCUGGAAAACUGAAGUAUUUCGACAAACAAAAUUGAAAAAUACUUCAAGUUACGAGGCUUCAAGGUUCUCAAUAAAGGUCACCGUUUCAUUACCACAUUGCAUUACAGUAG